AUGAACCCUUCACAAUCACAUCCCAUCACGGGCGACUACAACUACCACGUCGCGCCGGCGGACGAUGAGAGCAUCUACGACCUCCCCGUCCUCGAAGCCUGCUUUACCCCCCGCGCUGUCAUUGUGGGGCUGGGUGUCGGCGUCUUGCUCUGUAUGACGAACAUGUACUUUGGCCUGCAAACAGGCUGGGUGUCGAUGAUGUCCCUACAAUCCGCUCUUCUCGGCUUUGCCAUCUUCAAGCUGCCCUCCGUCCUGCCGCGCUUCUUCCCUAAUGUCCGUCCCCUCUCAGCGCCCGAGAAUGUCGUUAUCCAGACUACCGCUGUGGCGACGGGCACAAUGCCUCUGGCCGCGGGACUGGUAGGCAUCAUUCCCGCGCUGGGGAUGAUGAGCCAGGAAGUCGACGGGCGCGACCCCAUCGUGUUGUCCUACUGGCACCUCGUGAUCUGGUGCCUUGCCGUUGCGUUCUUCGGUGUCUUCCUCGCCGUACCACUCCGCCGCCAGGUCAUCGUUAAGGAGAAGCUCGUCUUCCCUUCCGGUACCGCAACCGCCCAGCUCAUUGCCCUCCUCCAUCGCGCACCCCCGAUUCAGGGCAUCUCCACAGCGACCGUGACAACACGGGAAGGUGGGCGUUAUGAGCGUCUCCAGACUAGCGAGGAUGGUGACGAUGAGAUCGACGGCAAAGACCAAGACGCGAUCAGCGGUACGGGAUGGCGGGCGCUGGGGUGGAGCUUUGCCGCCUCUGGAGCCAUCACUCUCCUCUCCUUUUUGUUCCCGGUGACCUUUGCUCUCCCAGUAUUCGACAUCCUCAGCUGGCCGUUCGGGAUCAGCCUCGCCGCCCAGUGGAUGUGGUGGUUCACGCCUUCGCUGUCGUACAUCGGACAGGGGAUCAUCAUGGGUUUCCCCGUCACUGUGUCCAUGAACAUCGGUAUGCUCGUUGGCUGGGCUGUCCUCUCCCCUCUCGCGAAGAAGAGCGGAUGGGCACCCGGUCGCGUCAGCAGCAACACUGACGGCGCGCGUGGCUGGAUCCUCUGGGUCGCGCUGGCGAUUAUGAUCGCGGAGAGCCUCAUCUCCCUCGCACCCGUUACGGUCGAGUACGUGCGCAACCUGUGGGCCCGCCACGAGGCUGCCGAGGCGCGCUCACACGUGUUCACCACGCCUGAUAGCCCGGACGAGGCUGCCGAGCGUGACGGAUACAUGGACAUGCCAGAGGAUAGUGAGCCCGAGUGCGAGCCGCCCGAGCGCCUCGUGCCUGGACAGUGGGUCGCGUUGGGGCUCACAGCGAGCGCCGUGCUUGGCGUUUGGGGGGUGUGGUAUGUCUUUGGGACUGACGGGAUCCAUCCAUGGGCAACGGCGCUGGGGUUGGUACUGGCGUCCAUCCUCUCACUUAUCGGCGUCCGAGCACUUGGCGAGACCGACAUUAACCCGGUCUCGGGCAUCGGCAAGAUCUCCCAGCUCUUCUUCGCGGUACUUCAACCCGGUAACGUCGUGGCGAACGUGAUUGCCGGAGGUGUUGCCGAGGCUGGAGCUCAACAGGCCGGCGACCUCAUGCAGGACCUUAAGACUGGGCACCUCCUCCGCGCAUCCCCGCGCUCCCAAUUUUACGGACAACUCGUUGGCUCCCUUGCCAGCGUGUUUGUCAGUUCCGCAGCGUACAAGUUCUACACUUCCGUGUACACCAUCCCCGGGCCCGAGUUCGCCGUGCCCAGUGCCGGCGUUUGGCUCAGCCUUGCCCGACUCCUCAACAACGGGAGCCUCCCUGAGAUGGUGGUGCCGUUCAUGCUCGUGUUCGGCGGCGCGUUCAGCCUGAUCGCCAUCGCAAAGCUCAUGUUUGCGCGCUCCCCCAACCCAGCAAUUGCCGCUUGUGUGGCUUCGCUCCCCUCGGGGAUUGCGUUUGCCAUCGGCUUCCUCAACUCUCCGUCCUUCUCCCUCGCCCGUCUGAUCGGCGGGUACAUCGCCUACCGCGCAGCGCGCGCCUCCCGCACCGGCGAGACGCCACUGUUCGUGAUCGUCGUCGCGUCGGGCUUUGUGCUCGGCGAGGGAGUACUGAGUAUCGUGAACCUCACGCUCGCGAGCCGAGGAUACGGCGCACUCAGCUGCUUCGGGUGCAACCUCGGUGGAGGGGGAUAUUGCACGGGAGGGUGUUAG